AUGGUCCGGUGUUUAUUAAAUAUCGAAACUAACGAAAGUAACUUUGAAAAAUAUGUGGUGGUGCUUAAAUCAAACCAUGAAUUCCUGAUGUGGUCACCAUCCUCUUCAUCAAUUGAAAAAAAUAUUCGACAUACCUCAAGAAACUUGAUAGAUAUGAUCUCUUUUCAUAUUUUCAAGCAACAUUACUUGGAAGCUAUGAAUCAUAAAGGCAUUGAUGAUAAAAAAUUUAAUCACGUCCAUAAAGAAAUUGUCGAAGCUUGGAAAAAUGCAGAUAAAGAAGUUAUCGAAGAAUACAGAAACCUUUCUCUAAAUCAUUACAAUUAUGUUAUCAAUUUCGCACAAGAUUUAAUUUUAAGAUCCACUCAAAAUAGAAUAAGUAAACCCGACGGUUUUG